CCCAUCUACCACCGCCUUCUCUCUCAACCACAACCUUAUUCUCUCCCCCUCUCUCUUGUCUAUUCUGGUCCUAUUUCUCACUCUUAAUAUCUAUACACACACAUAUUUAUAUCAUUGACAACUCUAUUAUCAUAGUUAAAAAAGUUAUAGUCUCUCUUUAUAAUCUUCCAUUAACGAUCUGGCGAACCUCAGUUUCACAAGCAGGAAAAAAUAUUGAACAAUCUUAUAUUGGCGAAGCUUCUAAAAGGAAGCUUGAGGAUAUAUAACUCUGGCCGAUAUUUUAGAGAUCUUAGCUAAAGCCGGAGCUGGCGUUUUCCCUUUGUUUUCCGGUCCACGACUGUGUUUCAGUUGGCCUCUUUCACUUGUUUGGUGUCUUCCCAUUGAUUAUGGCUAACUUUUGCUGAAGUUAAUUCUCCUAAUGUGAACCUCUACUUGAACAAUGUUUACUCUGUGGUAGAGGCUCAAAAGUUAACCAUUAGAGAUGUGAGAAUCUAUACAAAAAAAAAAAUUGCAAGAAAGAAAAAACUGUAGAAAGAGAAACCACCACACAAAAAAGCAGUGUCUUAUUUGAGGAUUUCAGUCGGUUAAAAAGAUGUCCAAGUUCAGUUGUUUCUCUGUAAUUGUUGGUUGGAAGAAGAAGAGUAGCAAGGACAAUGAAGAAUCUGCAAAAGUUGCUGAGUUUAACAAAGCUCCAGGCACCCUGCAAAUCAGGCUACAACAACCUGUGAAACCUUUUGAGACAGAUGAGUUGAAGUCAUCCACUUUUGGUGUCUCAAUUCCAUUGGGAAUUGAUCAGAAUUCUGAGUGUAAUAUCAAGGUUAUUAGCCUUGAGAGUCCUGUUGGGUGUGAGGCAGCAGAGGUAGCCUAUGAAGGGGAAGACGAGCACGAAGAGAACUCGACAAUCAACCGAAACCUUUCUGAUUUUGAUCUUAAAGUUUAUGAAACCAACUCUACUGGAGACUUAAAGAUUGGAUUUUCCAAAUCCUUUGAUACUGAAUUGAGCGAACAAAUCACUAAAGUAACAGAGAGAGAUGGUGAGGGGGAUGUUGAUCUUAUGCAAAGUGGGCAUGUUAGUGAUCCAGGGAUCAAGAUGACAGAAUUCUGGGCCUCUCCGAAUCUUCAGCGGUCGUGCUCGAAUUUGGAGACGAGUCUUGUGAUUAGAAAGAUAGCUGAUCAGUUGCCUCCUCCCUCAAAGUCUCAAUCUUUUGAACAAUUGCAGGAAUUAGCCGAGAGAAUGACAAGAGAUAUUAACCUUGGAUCACCUAAGUCUGUUAUGAGCCAUGGGAGUGCUGAUAAGGUUAUGCUUAAGAAGCACUCUUCAAGCCAAGUUCUCCCUUCUAGAAGCAGAAGACUAUGGUGGAAAUUAUUCCUAUGGAGCCACAGGAACACACACAAGCCAUGGACCCCGAGACAGAAGGUGAUUUCUGCAGUUUUGAACCAGCAAGGAGGGUACUCUUCAGAUACUCUUGAACCAAAUAGAGGUGUAGAGUUCAGUAAGAUGGAGUCACCAGGAUCAUUCACUGGAGAAUCUUUGUUCCAAGGGCAAACAAUCCAUGAAGAUAAGCAGAGUUGGGAUGGUUUUCAUACCGGCGUCUCUGGUUUGUGGCCCCAAAACCAGUGGCUUGCUUUCCCAACUGAAUCAUCAUCCUCCCCAUAUGCAAGAGUGGAAGAGUGGGUCAAACAUAUUGAGCCAUUCCAGGGUGAAAACAAUGAAGAUAAUGAGGAGGGAAUUGUCUUCCCACCCGAGACUCCAUUGCAGGCAAGGUUCCCAAACCACUCAACUAGGCGAUCCGAUAUUAAUCUGACCGAAGAGAUCUUACAUGCCAAUAGUGUCAUUCAGUCUCUUAAUUCGUCCUCUACUGUGGCUCACAUUGCCGGAAUUGGUUUGAAGGCCAUUCCCACCAUUUCAUGCUUUUCUAGUCUUAGAUCAGUCAAUCUCUCAAACAACUUCAUAGUUCACAUAACGCCAGGUUCACUUCCAAAAAGCCUUCAUUCACUCAACUUGUCAAGAAACAAGAUCAGCACCAUUGAAGGACUCAGAGAGCUGACCCGGUUGAGAGUUCUUGAUCUCAGUUACAACCGGAUAUCUAGAAUUGGACAUGGGUUAUCAAGCUGUCAACUAAUCAAGGAGCUUUAUCUAGCUGGGAACAAAAUCAGUGAUGUUGAGGGGCUACAUAGGCUCCUAAAGCUCACAGUUUUGGACCUCAGCUUCAACAAGAUAACAACAGCCAAGGCGCUCGGUCAGCUUGUGGCAAACUACAACUCCUUGCAGGCUAUGAACCUGCUUGGGAAUCCGAUCCAGAACAACAUCAGUGAAGAUCAGCUGCGCAAGGCGGUCUGUGGGCUGCUCCCAAAGCUUGUUUACCUGAACAAGCAGCCAAUGAAACCGCAAAGGGCUAGGGAGGUACUCACGGACAGUGUGGCCAAAGCUGCGCUCGGUAAUGGCGGAUACAACUCUCGUAGAAAGGCUGCAAAGAAGAUCAGCCAAGGCGGGUUGUCUGGGGCUGGACACAGGAGCAGCAGCACAAGUAUUGCUGCACACAAAACCAGGCACCGGUUGAAGACCCGAGUUCAUCAGCAGACACCUUUGAUGAAGGCAUCGCCUGCUGUUGCUUCAUCGUCUCGUCAAGUGUUUUAAUAUGUUAAAGCUGUCAAAAGGAAAAUGUUUAUUUUGAGGGUUGCAUUGCAUGAACAUGUUUUUUCAGUAAUUGUACUUUUUGAACAGAGUCUUUGAAAGUUUGUGAUUUGUUUGGACUA